CUUCUUCCUACGCUUUCUACUCAGACAUUCAACCCAAUCGAUAAUCCCCGGAACCACUUUUAUCAGUUCUUUCCAUACUUUUCCGGCGAUUCUCCGGCGAGUUAGCACACCGUCCGUUCGUAUCUCCGCUAUUUUUUCUUCCUUUGAAUGUGUUUCGAUUGGAUGCAUGACCGUGAGUCUCUGACUUCUGCAUCUAGUCAGGUGGUGACAUAUCCUUCUGUGUCCCAUAUGCUGAGGAGUUGAUUGAAAGAUUGCUAGCUUCUUGGUAGGUUAGUAUUAUGGGAUCCAGUCGACAAAAAGAUAAGAAUGGUAAACAUAAUUCAUCAAAGGGUGACAACAGUGAUGGCACAUCAGCUAGGACAAGACCUCUCAGCUUUGAUGAAAUUAUGCUUAGAAGGAAAAGUAAAGCAGAGGAAAGGGACAUUAAGAACAAUUUUGUAGGAGCUGACAGUGUAUCACAUAAAGAAGACAGGCCUAAGAAAACCACUGAUUGUUUGGAACCUGAGCGACAUCGCUACGAGUCAUUACCUAGUGCUUCCAGGCAUAAUUCGGAGAAUUCUAGGAAGUUAGGGCCAACUCCGACAGAGGAUAAUAUGAUGGCUGAUAAAUAUGCUAGGGAUAAACACAGAGAAAGUAGAGAAUCUGAAAUCAAAUUGAAGACGUCAAUGAAUAAAGAUGUAAGCAAUAAGAGACUAGCUGGUAGCAACACUGAUAAAGAUUGUCUUGUCAUGAGAAGAAAAGAUCAGGAUUUUAUUGAUGAUUCUGGAAAUGAAACUGGUAAAAGACAUUCAAGAGAUUUGACCCGGAAGGAGAAAUCGGCAGAUAAGACUGAUGGCAGACACAGAGAGGGAAGAAAAGACAAAAUUCCUGGUAAGGAUGAGAGACAGUCAUACAGGAAGAGGAAAGAUAUGGAAAUGUCAAAUGAUUCUCUUCUGAAUGAGGCUGAGAAAAGGCAUUCAAGAAAUCAUGGACGGAUAGAUAGUUAUGCUGACAGAACCAAAGAAAAGUCUGAAUCAAGAAGAAGGAAGCACCAAAAUGAUGAUGAGGAGAGAAAUGAUGCUCUUCUGAAUGAGGCUGAUAGAAGGCAUUCAAGAAAUCACGGACGGACAGAUGGUUAUGCUGACAGAACUAAAGAAAAGUCUGAAUCAGGUAGAAGGAAGCACCGAGGUGAUGAUGAGGAGAGAAAUGGUGCUCUUCUGAAUGAGGCUGAGAAAAGGCAUUUAAGAAAUCACGGGCGGAGAGAUAGUUAUGCUGACAGAACUAAAGAAAAGUCUGAAUCAGUUAGAAGGAAAAGUGAUGAGGAGGAGAGAAAUAGAGACAAGAAUGCCGAUAGAAAACACAGUUCAGUGAAAGUUUCUGAAAUUACUGGAAGAGUGGAAGCUUCUCGGGCUCAUCUAGAGGAAGAAAGACCAAAGAGAAGAAGGUCAAGAAGUCGAGAGAAUGAUAGAGAUCGGGGUAGAAGGUCUCGUUCUGGUUCACCGAGAGGACAUAAGCAUUCAGAUCAUGAUCUCAGAGAGCGUGGUGAGUUUUCCUCUCAUUCUUCCAAAGAUAAAUCUGGAAGAUCACAUUAUGAUCUGGAUAAAAAGAUAUCCAGCAAUGGUUCAGAUAGCCAAUCCAACCGCCAUGAAGGAUCUACAAGUGGUCUUGGUGGCUAUUCACCAAGAAAGAGGAAAUCAGAGGCUGCUGCUAAAACUCCUCCCCCUACUAACCGCUCUCCAGAACGAAAAGCUGCUUGGUGGGAUCUACCACCUGCAUCAGCUGGUACCAGUGUUACUGGUUCUGUUCCUUCUAGUGUUAAGUCUUCAAUGCAGUCUGUAAUACCAAAUACACACCAGAUCUCUAGCAUGAUUCCUGCUAGUUCAUACACAACAAAGGCUGCCAGUGUUUCAUAUAAUUACUUAUCGUCAUCUAUACAUGCAAUUGAUUCCGUCCAGCUGACACAAGCCACACGACCUAUGAGAAGGCUUUAUGUAGAGAACUUGCCAAACUCCGCCUCUGAGAAAGAAAUUCUGGACUGGAUUAAUAAUUUCUUGAUGUCUUCAGGAGUUAAUCGCAUUCAAGGAACCCAACCAUGUAUCAGCUGUAUGAUACACAAGGAGAAGUGUCAAGCUCUUUUAGAAUUUUUAACCCCCGAGGAUGCUUCUGCUGCACUAUCUUUUGAUGGAAGAUCUUUCUCUGGUUCUAUUCUUAAAAUCAGACGCCCAAAAGACUUCGUGGAAGUGGCUACUGGUGUUCCUCAGAAGUCAGUGGCUGCAGCUGAUAGGAUAGAUGACACUGUAGAGGAUUCCUCUUAUAAGAUUUUUGUUGGUGGAAUUUCAAGAACUAUUUCAUCAGAGAUGCUUAUGGAGAUUGCUAAAGCCUUUGGACCUUUGAAAGCUUACCAUUUCAGGAUGAAUUCAGAUCUCAAUGAACCUUGUGCAUUUCUUGAGUAUGUUGACCAUUCAGUUACUCUUAAAGCUUGCGCUGGUCUUAAUGGUAUGAAGUUGGGUGGAAAAGUGUUAACUGUUGUUCAGGCUGUCCCAGAUACUGCUUUACUGGACAAAGAUGAAAAUACACCUUUAUACCGGAUUCCGCAGCAUGCAAAGCCACUUUUGGAGAAGCACACGGAAGUUCUAAAGCUGAAAAAUGUGGUGGAUGCAAAUGUACUCAAUUUUUUGUCUGAAGCAGAACUUGAAGAAUUACUGGAAGACAUCAGAUUGGAGUGUGCCAGGUUUGGCUCUGUUAAAUCAAUUAAUGUUGUAAAGCAAAGUCAAUGUUCUCUCACAUCUGAUCCUGCUGCUAUGGAUACUAGUUCUACGUUGAAUGAUAGCAAUAUGGAGUUUGGGGAAGGGUGUGACAGAAAUGAUUCGAUCACUAGGAGUGAUGAUUACGAGUUGGAAGUUGGUGGGCCACACUUCCCCAACAGUGAUCAUCAUGAGUUGGAAGUUGGUGGGUCACACAUCCCCAACAGUGAUGAUCAUGAGUUGGAAGUUGGUAGGCCACACUUCCCCAACAGUGAUGAACCCAUGGAAACCAAUAGUGAUGAGGAAGCUGAUAGUAAAACACAUAUAUCAGAAACUUCACAAGGUGAUUCUCAAAAGGCUGGAGAUGGCGAUGCUUUGGCUGGUGGCAGUCAUUCCGAUGAUAGACCUUCUGAGGAGCUAAUAAAAGACGACAGCUCUGACCCUCUACCAGAUGACAGUAGUGUCUCUGCUCAAGAGACAAACUUCCAAGAAAAUUUCGAGGUUACCCAUACUGGUAUGGUUUCAGAAAGGAAAGAUGAAAAUGCUAAUCCCAGUCCACUGGAGCAUCUUGAGAUAAACAAUGAAUCACCAGUUAAGGAAGCAAUUAAGUCAGAGGAAGACAAUGGAAAUGCAGAUGGAGCUUCUGAACCAGAAUUCUCAUCGAAAGAAGAGUUGGAUGCUCCAGAGGAACUUGAGAAAAAGGAAGAAAUUUCUAUUACUGAGGUGUUCGAUCCUGGCUGUGUACUUGUGGAGUUUAGAAGAGCAGAAGCUGCAAGCAUGGCUGCUCAUUGUUUACAUGGACGACUGUUUGAUGACCGGAUAGUGAAUGUGGAGUAUGUUCCCCUUGAUCUCUAUCAGACAAAGUUUGCUAAACAAAACUAAUUUCUUUUGGCCCAUUCAAUGCCUUACGCAGAUCUCCCCAAACUUGAACGACGUUAACAUAGGAUUUCGCGAUGCUUAACUGAAUGUUUGUUUUUACCAUAUUGAGAUGCCUUGGUUAACCUUUUGCUAGUGCGAGAGUCGUACCCGAUUUGAAGCGGAAUACAUGUUUUCUCCCAGUAGAAUGGGAUGAAGGAAUGAGCCAUUUGUAAUAUGUUAUCUAAAAAUUAACAACUUUGUUUUUAGGUUGC